AUGGAGAGUGAUAGUUUAAUGUUUGGUGGUACACAUUCCAUACAAGAUGCUCCUAAGGGUCUUCAAUUCAAGAUUUGUAUAUUUGGUGGUAAAGCUGUUGGGAAGACAUCUUUAUGCGUUCAAUAUGUUGAAUCACAUUUUGUAGAGUCACAUUAUCCUACGAAUGUACAAAAUGAAUUCACAAAAAUGCUAAAAUAUAAUAAUCAAGAUUAUACAUUAGAGAUCAUUGACACUGCAGGUCAAGAUGAAACUUCUAUGAUAAACAGUAAGUGCUUGAAUGGUUGCAAAGGAAUCAUAUUAUGUUAUAGUGUCAACAAUAGACAUAGUUUUGAUUUAAUAAAAAUAAUAUGGGAAAAACUGGUAGAUCAACUAGAAAACAUUAAUGACAUUCCGGUAAUAGUAGUAGCUAACAAGAUUGAUUCAAGAGACACUAGUGAGUGUAAAUUGGAUCGAAAUUCAAUCGUGAAAAAAUCAGAAGGAGAACAAUUAACAAAAUACAUAUCAAAUAGUCUCAUGUCGAUCAAACAACAAAGGAAUGGUAAUAAAAACGGACACAUUGAUAACAGCAACAACUCUCCAGUACAACAUAUUGCAAACUUACCGAAAGUUGGAUUUAUAGAGGUAAGUACUAAACUGAAUAUCAACGUCGACGAAUCAAUUCUGAUAUUGUUGAAAGAAAUGGAAUAUUUGGCAGCAAAUGGUCCAUUAGGCGACGAUGCAAAAUGCACUGUAAUGUAA